CUGUCGUCAGUUGCUCUGUCGUCAGUUUCGGAAACAGUCCGAUAGCUGAAACGCACGUUGCUAUAAAGUGUGUUAAGCAGGUUUGAAGUAAUAUUUUAUUACGUAUACAAACACAGAGAAUAUCCAGUACAGCGGAGGAGCUCUACAGGUUGACCUCAUAGGAGGAAAAUAACGGGAAUACGGGAUUUUGUCGUUCACUCUGUCCUUCCUGUUCAGCCUUUUGUUUGUCACCGCUGCGCUUGAGCAGGCGACCAGUAGCGCCCCCGUGCGAGCCAACAGAAAAGAGCUCUAGGAUAGGGAGCCAAACGAGCGGCCGAGCUUCUUGCUUCCCGACCGACGUGGGUCCCACCAGCUUAGCUGUCCGAUGCGGAGUGAGGAUGAGUCCAGCUCUGGAAGCCCUCAUGCAGGCGGACGGGACUCCAUAUCCCGGAAAAGGGGUGAUGCUUGAGCCCUUCGUGCACCAGGUGGGAGGCCACUCCUGUGUGCUACGAUUUGGGGAACAAACAAUCUGCAAACCCCUAAUCCCCCGGGAGCACCAGUUCUACAAGAGCCUCCCUCCAGAGAUGAGGAAGUUCACCCCUCAGUAUAAAGGUGUCGUGUCAGUCAGUUUCGAAGAGGAUGAGGAAGGGAACCUGUGCCUCAUCGCCUACCCCCUUCACAGCGAAUCGGGCGACCUGGAAAACAACGAUCCCUCAGCGGACUGCGAGCCCAAGACCAAGAUGCUGAAGUGGAGCAACAAGAAGCAGUCCUCGUUGCUUCUGGAAAGUGACAACUACAGCAAAGACAGAGCUCGACACAGCCGCAAAGAAGACAAGCAGCAGGCAGAGGUUCUCUAUUUCAGCCUGGAGAAAGGAAAUGUGGUGCCACAGAUUAAACACAACCCCUGGAGUCUCAAAUGUCAUCAGCAGCACCUACAGAGGAUGAAGGAGAACGCAAAGCACCGUAACCAAUACAAAUUUAUUCUUUUGGAGAACUUGACAUGGCGCUACAGAGUACCAUGUGUCUUAGACUUGAAGAUGGGAACUCGCCAACACGGGGAUGAUGCUUCAGAGGAGAAGAAAGCCCACCAGAUUCGCAAGUGUCAACAGAGCACAUCAGCCUCUAUUGGGGUGCGACUUUGUGGCAUGCAGGUGUACCAGUCAGACUCAGGCCAGCUGAUGUUCAUGAAUAAGUACCAGGGCCGUAAGAUGACCCUUGCAGGCUUCAAGGAGGCUCUCUACCAGUUCUUCCACAACGGACGCCGCCUCCGCAGAGAGCUGUUGUCCCCGGUGCUGCGCAGACUCCGGGAAAUGCAAGCUGCCCUGGAGGCCUGCGAGUCCUACCGCUUCUACUCCAGCUCCCUGCUCAUUAUAUAUGACGGAGACCCACCCAGGACUCCCACUAGACCUAGACACCACGGUGGGGAAGAAGGUGAUGAGGAUGAGCCAUCUGAUGAGGAGGAAGACGAAGAAGAUGAAGGGGCCUUUGGUUUCCCCCGUUCCUCCUCAGCAGGUGGCAGUGCGAGUGUGGCUGGAGGAAGCAGCAGCAGCCACUCAUCCCACAGCACAGGAGAGGCCAGCAGCCCUGCGGUAGACGUGCGCAUGAUUGACUUUGCUCACACCACCUGCCGGCACUAUGGAGAAGACAGUGUGGUGCACGAAGGCCAGGACAGUGAUUUCAUCUUCGGCCUUCAGAACCUGAUCACCAUCAUCUCCCAGCUGGAGGAUCACAGUACUGACUGAGGCUGCACUGGAGCCAACAUGGUCAAAAUUUUAAGCCUGGGAUGAGCUCCCUGAGCUGAAACCCUCCUUACUGGUGCAUUGUCCUUAUGCCUACAUAGGGUUCUGAUUGUCCUCUGCUUGGAGGGAAUCUCAAGACACCUCGGGGUCAAGGGUAGUGUCUGUGUGGCCAUCCCUGUACUCUCUUAGUUGCUCCGAGGACAGGGCUAUGUGUGCCCCUACUUGCACUUUUCUCUUUUUGAGACUGCACCUUUUUCUUUGUUAGACAUGGUAGGAGAAAUGUUGUAUGAGACAGCAGUCUCUACAACCACAGGAACUCCUGUAGCAUCCUAGGACCCUCCUCCACUUCUCAUCUGGUACAGACGAGUUUCUAUGAGGUUCUCUCUGAGAGAGAAAGAGCGAGACAGAGAUAAUUGAAGCUCAAGUGUAGUUCUAGGAGCCUGACGUGGUGCUUUACCUGUGACAUGACAUACGUUUUGGGGUUUUCUUUGGAUGAAGUUUGGACUGCCGGCCCCCAACAGCACAGCACAUUAUUUGUGGGGGAGUUGACUGUUCAAGGUUAGCAGCCUUGUAGCCAAUGACAACUUAAGCUUCUGAGAAGGACAUUUUGUGUUUAUGUUGGUGUCUCUUGUAUCAAACAUGUUUUGUGUGUCCAUCGGGUGCUCGGAUUUACACUUUUUGGUGGAAGACAAUUAUUUAGGUCUAGAAGAAGGGAUUUGCCUUUUUUUCCAACAGUUGGUCCCCCCUAUACCUUUUUGCCUAUAAAACGAAGACAUCUAGAAAAGGGGAUAAUAUCCUUGUUUUGUCACUGUCUUUGUUUUUGUCUGAUUCUCUCUUCUUCAUUCCUGAAACUUUGACUUAACAAAGAGAAUAUAUUGAUUUAAAAACACUAGCUACAAAGACUAUAUAGAGACUAUUUAUUUGAAAGGAUUGUUUAAAAACUAAAAAAAAAAUGGAAACCUCUACAUUCCAUAUUACCACUCUAAAUGUUUUGUUCUGACUUUGACAGACUUUGAUUUAUUUUAUUUUUGCAAGAGCUGUGUGUUAACAUUGUCUUGGAAAAUAAAGGCAUUCAUUUCUGGUUUAAAAAAA